CGCCGGCGAGUUCGGCAAUGGCGAGCCAAACACCCCGCUUGAGAACCUCGAGGCCCGCAACGUCAUGCGGCGGGAGGUUUAUGGGCCCCAUGACGCGUUGGACCUGCUCUACAAGGCAGCCACCGACAAGUUAGUGCACAUCCCGCGCCCGCUCAUGCUCGACUCGGAAAGGUCAGUGUGCUAAUGUGCCAUGUGCUCGUCAGCGCGUCACACAAGCCCGACGAUAGCUCCGCGCCGGUGCCGAAUAGCGCCCAAUCAGACGUUCACAACGCCCGUCGCGACGUCGAGUCACGUCAGUCCUCCAAUGCCAUCACGCCGGGACGCUACCACAACCGGCAUUCCUCACGCCAGGAACGCCCGGCUGCGGAACAAGCCAUCGACCCGGAGUUGACGAGGCGGGACCCCUCCAACGAUCCCGGUUAUAGUGAGGCCAUCAAGGCUUGGGGGCGAUUCCGGUUCGUGCGCGCCGGCUGGUUCACAGCACAGGAGGCAAUCGACUACAUCGACUACUACUAUAAAUACCUUUCCCCGCUCACCCCCAUCUCGCCCCCGACGUUCAACAACCCCGCCUCCCACUUGACUCUCCUGACGGAGGAGCCAAUACUCACCGUGACCCUCCUGACGAUCGCAUCCCGGUACCGCCGCAUGCCUGGUACCGGGGGCCACUGUCGCUCGCAUGCCAUCCAUGAACAGUUAUGGACAUACCUUAGGGGCAUGAUUGAGCGAGUCGUGUGGGGUCAAGAAGCCUUCGGUGGCGGGUUUUGCGGCUCGGGCGCCGAUGAUAUCCAGAGCUCCAGCACCGCCCCAUGGCGGGGUCUACGCAGGGGCAGCUUGAGGACUCUCGGCACCAUCGAGUCGUUGAUGAUUCUGACCGAAUGGCACCCGCGUGCGCUCCACUUCCCGCCGAACGAAGCGACCGACGAGCUGAUGCUGCCGUCAUACGACCCGCCGAGCCCGGGCGCUACUGGCGGUAACCAAAAGCCCUCGGCCGGAUUUGGCGGUCGCAGGAUCGAGAGCUGGCUGGAACCUGCUUGGAGGAGCGAUCGGAUGUGCUGGAUGUUGCUCAGUACGGCAAUGGGACUGGCCUAUGAACUCGGCGUGUUCGAUGACAUUGAUGAAAUGCUGGCCACUGGUGCCAUUACACGACCCGAGUACGAAGAUGAAUCCUAUCGACUAAGAGCGAACCGCAUAAAACGGCUGCUCCUGAUCUACUUGAGCCAGCUCGCCGGCCGACUGGGCUGGACCAACAUGGUGCCGGAGAGGUUGCGCAAAUCCGACCCCGCCGUGUCGCGUAGAAGACGCCAUUCGGUGGAGGGUACCACACCCGGAACGAACCCAUCAUCUGUGUCAAACUCGUUUAACUAUAUCCCCGAUCUGGAACUGGACGACCAGAUCAUUCACUGCUGGGCAGGAAUCAGCAACGCCAUGCAAGUCGGAAAUGAAAAGCUGUUCAGAUCCCGGAAGCACACGACCGAGAUCAUCCAAAGUGGCAAAUACACAGAGCUGCUCGCCGAGUUCCAACCCAUGCUGAAAGAGUGGUGGAACCAAUUCGAGCGUUUCCGGUUGCCCCCGUAUAUCCGGCACAUCCUCACCAUCGAGUACGAGUACGUGCGCAUAUACAUCAACUCGCUCGCCCUUCAGGCGGUCGUCGAGCGAUGCACCAGCAAUGCCGGCGGCGGCUCGGGGCCGGGUGGGAGCGUGUCAGGACAGUCGGCACCGCAGCUGUCGCCGCAGACUCAGAACUACUACGGGAAGUUGCCACUGGGGCAGUUGGGCGGCUUUGGCGCAGAGGACCAAGAGUACGUGAGGGAGGUUGUUAACGGCAGCCGGAAUUUGCUGCGGACAGUGGUUGAGGGCCUCCUCCCCGGUGACUACCUCAAGCACGCCCCUGUACGGACGUACUUCCGCAUCAUUAGCGGCGCCAUGUUCUUGCUCAAAACGUUUGCACUGGGUGCGCCCAAGGCGGAUGUCGAGCUCAGCAUCCAGCUGAUGGACCGCACCGUGGACGCGCUGCGGAACUGCGUCGUCGACGACGUCCACUUGGGCAUUCGCUUUGCCGAUAUGCUCGAGACGCUGACCAGCCGGCUGAGGAAUCGGUUCAUCUAUGCGCCGCCCCCACCCGUGCCCAUGACUGACGGCAGGUCGCCCGGGGCAGCGCGACAGGAUGCCGGGAAUGGUAGUGGCACCAACGGGAUGGCACCGACAGGGCAAUCAAACGAGACGUGGCUUAAAGUGAGGGAGGGGCCUGGUCCUGAGCGCUCCACCACCCCAGCCAACAUCUCGGCCACCCCCUGGGACCUCACAGCCGGCACGUUCCCUUACCCUACUGGGUCGAUAUCCAUGUUCGGCCCGUCCACGCCCGCCGCCGCGUCAGGGCUUGACAACAGCAGCAACAGCGCCGGCGCCGGCGCCGGCAACACAAACGGCGGCGGCGGCGGCGGCAGCAUCGUUUUGGGCGACGGUGGAUUGUUUGACAAUCCCGAUUGGGCCAACCCGAACAACGAGAUGUGGUACCUACCCACGGGCCCGGCCUUCUUCCAGAACAUUGACAACAGCACCGUGUCGAUGACCGCGGAGGGCGUCAAUGUGGGAGGGAUCGAUUUGCUUGAGUACAUGGUUAUGGAUCCUAUGGACCAUCAGAACCUUGGUAUAGAUGGAAACGGUUUCUGAAUCUUGACCAUCACGUUCCGCAGACACCGGGUAAAACAAAAAAAGAAAAAGAAAAGAAAGGAAAGGAGAGGGAGGAAGGGAAAGG